GUCGUCCGCGAUGGCGCAUUACAGAGCAUCCGAGUCGAAGCGUGAGCAGUUCAGGAGAUAUCUGGAGAAAGCUGGAGUCCUCGACAGCCUGACCAACGUCUUAGUGGCGCUGUACGAGGAAACGGAGAAGCCCAACAAUGCCUUGGACUUCAUCAAGCAUCAUCUGGGGGUUUCGGGAGUGGAGGCGGAGGAUGCGGAGAGUCUGCGGGAGGAGCUGAACACACUGCAGCAGAAACACCAGCAGCUGAUGGAGGAGAACCAGGAGCUGAAGAGCAGGCUGCUGCAGUAUGAGCCGCCACAGGAUGAAGCAGCAGCAGUCGAGUAGAGGAGCUCCAGCAGAUCUGCAGAAAGUGUGUGUGUGUGUUGGUUUAGUGACAGGAUGUUGAAGACCUGUUGAUUGUUUCUGUUCAGCUUUGUGUCUGAUGUUGAAUAAAUAUUAUUUUGCAAUGA